UCCAAGAAACUGCUUUGCUGAGCUCACAAUAAAUAUUAUCAUAAUCAUUAUGACCAGCUAUGGUAUUUAAGGGGUGUCAUUAUCAGAGAGUAGUCAGUCAAGCUGUUGCAGGGCUAAAGUGAUCAGAAUCUCUCUGGGGAAGUUUUGCUGUGCUAAUCUUUAAAAAUUUAUCAUUAAAAAGGAAAAAAUAAUGGAUCUCAAUACUUUUGUGACAAUUACAGUUGUAAUAUUUGUCACUUCUUUUGUCAUAUCAGUUGCAGUGCUAAUAGUCGGAUGGAUCUACUUCACACCAGAGAGGGUGCUGAGGAAAGUGUUUCCAUACAUCAGAGAGAGUGGUAACGAUAUUACAAUAUUUGGUUAUAUAAUUCAAAAAAAAUUAUUUAAAGGGCAGUGGAUUUAUACAAUGUAUGUUAUUGCAUGGAUUCUUUUUAUUGUUUUAUUCAAUACUUUCCUCACUAUCUCUACUAAGUAUGAUCCUUAUGAUGGACUGAACUGUUUUGGGUACUACGAUAAUGGCUCUGAACUUAAGGUGACUUCAGAAGAACAAGCAGAAUCAGAAAAUGUAACAGGAAUAUCAUGCUAUGGCUUGAAUUUUGAUAUUGCUGGAGGAAUAGGACAUGCAGGAGCUAUACUGACACUAUCAUGGCUAUUUUCAUCUAUUGUGCUGUGGAUUAAAUUGAAGUUGUACUACAAAGAAACCUAAAUCCCUAGCAGACUGCUGUAAAGAGGCAGUAGAGAAGAGGCAAGGGAGAAAGGAAGAAGACUUAGAAGAAAUAAAAAACAGAGUCCAUGGUCACCAAAUUCAAGUUGAUCUUCUUUUGGAACUGGCAGAAUUGGAAUGUAAGAAGACACUGGCUGAUAUCUAUUAUUAUGGUAUUAAAAAAGACAAGAAUAGACAUACAUGUACAUGUAUGGAAAAUUUUGCAAAUACAUGUAAGGCUAAUUGUUCAUGUAUGAAAACAGAGGAGGAAGAGGAAGCAGAAACAAAUUCCGAUACUAUCAGUGAAAGGGAGAUGAAGAUAAUAGCUCAAGUUGCCUAUGGUAAGGUAACUAAGGCAAAAUAAAAA